CAGACUUUUCUGAUUUAGGGCCUGAACUGGCUCCAUUACUGGAAAGCAUUCAAGAUAGUGCUGAGCUUGUUGAGCUUCCCGGUCUUCAUCCUUCGUCCUGCUCCUCAGGUGUUAGUCCUUUUGCAUCUGUCCGCGUUAGUGAUUUACCUGUCGAUAGAUAUACGAAGCCGACUAUCAAGCACAGUUCAACUGAUAAAAUUGCUUCCUUUACCUCUGACGACGAAAUACACAUAAAGAGAUCGAGAUCUAUUACCAGCCCUUUACCUGAGCUAAUCCCUGACUCUGGAGUAGGCCAUCUGGAUCCCGUCCUUUGG